AUGAGCACUAUGCGGGAGAUUCUGUUUGUGGGUGUUUGCGCCGUGUCGCAUCUCAUGACGCAGGCUGCACUGGGGCAGGCUUUGGUUCCUAUCGACAUCAUUGCGCAGACUUUCGGAGACGUCUCGCCCGGGCAGCUAUCGUGGUUCAUCGCCGGGUACAGUCUAACGGUUGGAACCUUUAUCAUGAUCUCAGGACAACUUGGCGACAUCUUCGGCCACAAACGCGUUUUCGCUUUCGGUUACGGCUGGCUCGGCAUGUGGAGCUGCUUCGCAGGCUUCAGCGCAUACACCCACAGCCAGAUCUUCUUCGAUGUGUGCCGCGCCAUGCAAGGCAUCGGGCCGGCCCUGCUCAUGCCAAAUGCGCUUGCGUUGUUUGGCCGAGCUUAUGCACCGGGUAGCAUCAGGAAGAACAUCGUUUUCAGCAUCUUUGGGGCGCUAGCUCCGGCUGGUUUCGUCAUUGGUGGGACGUUCGGAAGUCUAUUCGCACAGCUGGCGUGGUGGCCAUGGUGCUUCUGGUCCUUCGGUAUCACGGCCUUCGCUCUCUGUGCAUUUGCUCUUCUCGUCAUCCCCCGCGCCCUCUCCGAAAGGCCGGUCGUCAAGCCGAAAUUCGACUGGACGGGGUCGUUACUCGUGGUCGCAGGUCUGGUCCUCGUCAACGUGGCUUUCAACAACGCCCCGCUAUACGGAUGGGAGAUCUCGCACGUCUAUUUCCUCUUGCUCAUGGGCCUGAUGUGCCUGGGCGGAUUCGUAUGGGUGGAACUACGCGCCGUUAACCCACUUCUCCCUAUCCACGCCCUGAACAGCACUGUUGGCUACGUCCUCGCGCUCGUGGGUCUCGGUUGGGGAGCUUUUGGCAUCUGGGUCUUCUAUACGGUGCGCUUCCUGCAGCACAUUCGCAACGAAACGCCCCUCACCGUCUCGGCGCAUUACGCACCUGCCGUUAUCGCUGGUCUUUUAGCAGGAGCUUUUACCGGCUUCAUGCUUACGCAUACGCCCGUCAGCUUCGUCAUGAUGGCCUCGAUGAUCGCUUUCCUGGCAGGUAUCUUGAUCGCGACUUCCCAGCCUGCGCAGCAGAUAUAUUGGGCGCAGACGUUCGUUAGCAUCGUCAUUAUGCCGUUCGGCAUGGAUAUGUCGUUUCCCGCCGCGACUGUCAUCCUGUCCAACCACAUGCCGCCGGAGCAUCAGGGCCUUGCUGCGUCGCUCGUGAACACUGUCGUCAACUACUCCAUCUCGAUUGCGCUGGGGAUAGCGGGAACGGUCGAGGUGUACGCGCCAGGCAGCGACGAUGUACUGCGGUCGAAUCGCAACGCGCAAUACGCGGCUAUCGGGCUGGCAGCUAUGGGUGUGGUACUUGGGAUCUUGUUCUUCGUGAAGACCAUGGUCAAAGAAGGCUGGCAGGUCAUGGCGCACUGA